GCCAGAGGGACCGACUUCCCUUCUCCUUCCAGCCUCAUCCACCUGCUCAGCCUUUCCCAGUCUGUCCAGCUCUCUUUGAGGAGAACCCAGGAUGUCUCGCCAGUCCGUCUGCAGGAGCUUUGGAGGGGGGAGCCGGAGGGGCUUCAGCUCCUGCUCUGCCAUAGGCGGGGGCUUCGGGGGCGGCGGGCGCAGCCGGAGCAGCUACAGCUCCUACUCCGUGUCCAGGGGCUACGGGGCCGGCGGGCGCUGCGGCGGCUUCGGCAGCAGGAGCCUCCACGGGCUGGGGGGCAGCGCCAGGAUAUCCGGGGGGGGCUGCUACGGGGGCAGGAUGGGCGGCUUCGGCGGCGGCUACGGGGGGCUCGGCAGCUUCGGGGGCGGGAUGGGCGGCGGAGGAGGAGGAAUCUGCGGCUUCGGAGGGGUGGGAGGCGGCGGAGGAAUGGGGGGCUUCGGUGCUGGCAUGGGCGGCUACGGCGGUGGCUAUGGUGGCCCAGGCUUUGGUGGCCCAGGCUUUGGUGGCCCAGGCUUUGUCAUUGGUGGCCCGGGAAGAGCUGGCCCCGGCAUCCAGCCGGUGCAGAUCGACUCGACCCUGCUCCGGCCCGUCCACGUGGAGAUCGACCCCCAGAUCCAGCAGGUGAAAACCCACGAGAAGGAGCAGAUCAAGACCCUGAACAACCAGUUCGCCUCCUUCAUCGACAAGGUCCGGUUCCUGGAGCAGCAGAACAAGGUCCUCUCCACCAAGUGGGAGCUGCUGCAGCAGCAGGGGCCGUCGGGGCCGAGGAAGGACCUGAGUGUGAUCUUUGAGAGCUACAUCCAGAACCUGCGGAGGCAGCUGGACUCCAUCCUGGCGCAGCGGGGACAGCUGGAGUCGGAGCUGCAGAACAUGCAGCAGUACGUCGAGGAGUACAAGAGCAAGUACGAGGAGGAGAUCAACCGGCGCACGUCGGCCGAGAACGAGUUCGUGGUGCUGAAGAAGGACGUGGACUCGGCCUACAUGACCAAGGUGGAGCUGGAGGCCAGGGUGGGAGCUCUGACCGACGAGAUCAACUUCCUGAGGGCCAUCUACGAGGAGGAGCUGGCCCAGAUGCAGACCAUCAGCCGGGACCUGUCUGUGGUGGUGUCCAUGGACAACAACCGGCACCUGGACCUGGACAGCAUCAUCGAGGAGGUGCGGCGCCAGUACGAGCAGAUCGCCCAGAGCAGCCGCGCCGAGGCCGAGGCCUGGUACCAGAGCCAGUACGAGCAGCUGCAGAGCACGGCCGGGCGCCACGGGGACAACCUGCGGAACACCAAGAUCGAGAUCCAGGAGCUGACCAGGAACAUCCAGAGACUGCGGGUGGACAUCGAGAACGUGAAGAAGCAGAACCAGCAUCUCCAGUCAGCCAUUGCUGAGGCUGAGGAGAGGGGGGAGAUGGCCCUCAAGGAUGCCCGGAUAAAGCUGGAGGAGCUGGAGGCAGCCCUGAGCAAGGACAAGGAGGAGCUGGCCCGGCUGCUGAAGGAGUACCAGGAGCUGCUGAACGUCAAGAUCGCGCUGGACGUGGAGAUCGCCAUGUACAGGAAGCUGCUGGAGGGGGAGGAGAACAGGCUCUGCAACGACAGCAUGUCCAACGUCAACGUCUCCGUGGUCGGCAGGACCACCACCGUGAGCGGCGGCAGAGUCGGCGGGGUGGGAGGAGGAUUCGGCGGCAGCGGGAUCGGAGGAGGAUUCGGAGGCAGCGGCCGCGGAGGAGGAUUCGGCGGCAGCGGGAUAGGGGGAGGAUUCGGAGGCAGCGGGAUAGGAGGAGGGGUGUGCGGCGGCGGAGGAAGCAGCUUCGGCGGCGGCAGCGCGGGCGGCAGCUGCGGGCUGGUAGGAGGGGGGUACGGCGGGGGCUUCUCCUCCGGCAGCGGGAGGAUUUGCGGCUCCGGCGGGGGCUCGUCCUCGGUGCGGAGAAGCGUCACCACCACCUCGGUGAAGACCUCGGGGGUGCGGUUCUGAGCCCCGCCGAGCAGCAGCUCCUCCGUCCCGCCGGCAGCAGCCCCAGCCCCCCGACCCCCAGCUCGGCCGCCCCGCCGCGGGACGAGCCGCGUCCCCCCCGCCCGGCUCGGCCCCGCUCCCGGUGCCGCGCGGGGUCCGGGGGCGAUGCCGGCGGGGUCCCGGCACGGGGAGCUGCCCCCCCUCGCCGGGUUGGACAUUUCUCGUGUACAAAACUCCUCCUGCCCGCUCUCUCCUCCCGGCCCGUGUCCCGGGGCUGCUUCUCGUGGGGUCCCUCCCGCUGUUCCCCUCGGGGCGGGACUCGUCCCUCGGGGAGGGGGCAGCUCGGCGAGCGGCCGGAGGGCCGGGCUGGCCCCGGGGGGGGCUUUGGGCAGCUCCGCUCUGCCGGGAGCUUGUGCUGCCCGCGGGGGCUUCCCCGGAGCUGCGGCUCCCGCUCCGCUCGUCCCGCUCCCGGUGACCCCUGGGACACCUCGCACACCCCCGGACCGUCUCCGAGGGGAAUAAACUCGUCCCUCAGCUCCCGGCCCCCCGCGACGGGGCACGAGAUGUCCCCGCCUCUCCCCCCGCUCUCCUCCCCCGGGAUGUUGCCAUUCCCAAUAAACUGCAGAGAACAUUCA